UAUAAGAGGAGAAGAGAAGGAAGCAAAGAGAAGUAGAAGGCGCUCUGGUGGGAUCCUCACGGACAGAAGAAGAUUGCAGUCAGUUCAUCAAACAACCAAGCCAAUGGGGUGGACAAUUGCUCUACACGGAGGCGCUGGCGACAUCGCGCGCUCUAUGCCUGCCGAACGUCGCAUCCCCCGGGAGACCGCCCUCCGCCACUGCCUCGAUAUUGGGGUUGCUGCUCUCAAAGCCAACAAACACCCCUUGGACGUUGUUGAACUUGUGGUGCGAGAACUGGAAAAUAUUCCAAACUUUAAUGCAGGUAGGGGAUCUGUCCUAACCACGGCAGGGACAGUUGAGAUGGAGGCUUGCAUCAUGGAUGGCAAGACAAAGAAAUGCGGUGCUGUUUCUGGUCUUACAACUGUUGUUAACCCCAUAUCUCUGGCACGAUUGGUCAUGGAAAAGACUCCUCAUAUAUAUUUGGCAUUUGAUGGAGCAGAGGCUUUUGCAAGGGAACAAGGGGUUGAGACUGUUGAUCCGAGCCAUUUUAUUACUCAAGAUAAUAUUGAAAGGCUUAAUCAGGCAAAAGAAGCCAACAGAGUUCAGAUUGAUUAUACACAACCUAUUCAAAAAGAAGGGAAGGUAGAAGAAACACACGUUGCUGAUGGUGACAGCCAAAUUGGAACAGUUGGUCGUGUGGCUGUUGAUAGUCAUGGAAAUUUGGCUGCUGCAACAUCUACUGGUGGAUUUGUGAACAAAAUGGUGGGUAGGAUUGGGGACACACCAAUCAUAGGUUCUGGGACAUAUGCCAACCGGCUCUGUGCAGUUUCUGCCACAGGCAAAGGAGAAGAAAUAAUACGUGGUACUGUUGCAAGGGAUGUGGCUGCUCUCAUGGAAUUCAAAGGUCUUUCUCUCAAGGAAGCUGCAGCUUAUGUUGUGGAGGAGAGUACUCCAAAAGGCAAUGUUGGGUUGGUUGCUGUAUCUGCAACAGGAGAAGUUACCAUGGCCUUUAAUACCACGGGCAUGUUUCGAGCUUGUGCCACUGAAGAUGGAUAUACAGAAUUCGGAAUAUGGCCUUCUCCCAAGUGAUUCAGGUCAGCUACAACAACUUUGCUAUAAUAACUUUUGCAAUAACGUAAGGAGCAUGGUUGAAAAGUCUAUAGAAGUACCUAAGAAGUUAAAAUAAUGAAAAAAAUCUAGCAAAUGCCCCACUUGUAGAAAUCAAGAGGACAGGAGCCGUUGAAGAGGUGAGAAAUCAAAGUCUUGAUUGCUAAAGAAAUUGACUUAAAAUAUAUCUCAUUCCUUGAUGUGUUGCUGUUCUGUGAGGCUUGUGCUUGUAGCUUUUGUUUUGGUGUUUGUGAGUUGGAUGAUUUGUCUGUCUUGUGCUAGUUUGUUUGUGUAAUGGGAUAGAGUACUCUCUGUAGCAUAAAUAAUAAAAUCUUAUAUUUGCU